ACUUGUAUAUGACUACUGUGGUGACUUCCCUUAAAGCAAUCAGCCCUGUUCUUCAGGCUGAGAUACCUGAUACAUUAUGACUCUGUUGCAGAUGUCCUGCCCUAUCUUACAUACAGCAUCCUGGAAUUUAGGAUGCUUUCAUCCUAAAGUGUAGUAUAAUUAUACUUUGUUAGUCGCUGCCUGUAGUUGUCCUCAGAAGCCUCUUUGUUCCCUCCACACACUGGCUGUCGGGUAUUACAAAACACAGAAUGAUUAUUUUUUUUCUACCUUUAGACAUGGAUGUCAGCAAGAUUGUUGCAAUGGACUGUGAGAUGGUAGGAACGGGAUUUUUUGGACAUAAAAGUGAACUGGCUCGGUGCAGUAUUGUGGACUAUUAUGGCAAUGUAUUGUAUGACAAAUUUGUAAAGCCUGAAGGUAUUAUAACUGACUACAGGACCCCUGUGAGUGGUAUUCGCCCGUCACAUAUGGAAUCAGCAGUUCCCUUCUUGACUGCCAGAAAGGAGAUUCUAGAUAUCCUGCAAGGAAAGAUAGUUGUUGGCCAUGCCCUGCAUAAUGAUUUUGAAGUUCUAAGGGAAAAUAUGGAAAAAUAUAACAUCUGGGAUACCUCCACAGAUAGGACACUGAGGAGCAUUGGAAACCUGGAGGGCUACAGACGUGUUUCUCUGAAAGUUCUAUGUGAAAGAAUCCUUAAAAAGAAUAUACAGACAAGCAGACAUGGACAUUCUUCAGUGGAAGAUGCAAAUGCCACCAUUGAACUAUUCAAAGUGUUUGAAAAAAUUAACAAAAUGUCUGGAAGAGGGACUCUUUGAAUUACUUCAAUAACAAGCUGCAGUUUUUAUCUGGCAGUUUAGUGCUGUGGAUUAAGUUUAUAUGGUGCUAAUGAAAUUCUUCCUGCUGUCCAGGAUUUGAACACCUCACCCUCCAUUUGCCUGCUGUGCAACUGGGAGCAAGACAUUAAACCAGACCGUGCUCCUGUGUCACCACUGAAAAGAGGCUUAUGCCUAGUGGGUUCACCCCGUUAACGACUGAAUAAAAUGCAUGUAAAAUUUCUAUAUAAAAAUAUUUGUCAGUGGCAGCAACCUGUACAGUUGCAUAAAACAAUCCAAAAGACAGUAGGAAUGAAUGAUGGAAGUUGUGGGGAUGGUAUUUACAGACCUACUAUGUAUAUUAUCUUAAAGUACCUUUGAAAAUACUUUGGACAAUGUACCUUAAGUUCUGAAUAUACUAAAAUGUUUAUUUUAUUGUAAGUAUAAAGCAAAAUUGCUUUUCUUUCUUCAGUCUGUAGUCACAUUUUAAAAUGUAUAGCACAGUGACAUUAAAUGAUUCAAAGCUUAUUAAUUGGGUAAAGGAUUGUAACUAGGCGUUCCAGUGUGUUAAUUUAAAAAUGUGUACUGAUAUAGUCCCAGGGAUCCCAAACUGCUCAGAAGUGUACAUGAUCAAAAAAGCUCUGAAAAAAACAGGCUAUGCAUACAGUGGUCAUGAUAUUUUCAUGUACACUUAUGUAUAACAAUUCUUUCUGAUGAGUAAAGCAUGGCUCCUAAAUUGAUGAUGCAUUGCUAUUUACAUUCUGAUUGUUUUAUCAGGUAUGAGGUCAUUAUAAGUGUAUACACUUUGCUUACUGCAAAGCAUACUUGCACUUGUACGUACUUAAAUGUGGCUCUCGCCACUGUAUCUCAACUUAUUCAUAUAUCGACAUCUCUGUCUGUCUGUCUAUCUAUCUAUCUAUCUAUCUAUCUAUCUAUCUAUCUAUCUAUCUAUCUAUCUAUCUAUCUAUCUAUCCAUCUGUCUGUCUGUCUUUGCUCAAAUACAUUUUUGAGUAGUCAGUAGCCCCUGGUAGCACAAAGGUAUAUGAAUAUUUUAUGUUAACUCACUGGCAAGUGUAGUUGCUUUUUUGAUGAAAUAAUUACAUUCAAAGGCAAGAGUGUUGCACUGUUCUGUUUUAAGAUUAUAGUUUUGUUGUUUUCAUUUUUAGUGCAAUCUAAAACAUUUCUGUUGUUUCUUAUUUCUCAGGAAUACCUUUUCCUCCCAAAUUAUCUCCUGAAGGACUUGAUCAGAAGGACUUACCUGUUCAAAAAAAUGAAAGUAAAAUAAAUAUGAGUGGGAUUUAAUAUUGGGUAAUAAUGUGCUUAUCCUGUUCUGCAUAUGUCAUAAGUACAUCUAAUCUUUCUAUAAUUUAUAUGUACACUGUGCAAUACCAAUAAAUCUAAGCAAGGAAAAUAAAUUGUGUAGUCAGACUUUUAUCAACCAGAAGAUGUGGUCUCAGAAUACAUAUUUAUGACAAAGUGAGCAAAAAACCUACACCAAAAUGACAUCUAGCGUCAAAACGCUGCAAGAAGCAGUGAAAAGAGAAUACUGGCAGUCUUAUAACAGAUAAUUUAUCAUUUGGUGUUGUACAUCUUAACCUUCUAGUUAAAAGCAUUCUGGGCAAAGCAAAUAAUGGGGGAUCAAAGCAA